AUGUUUCUUUUUCAUAUUAAAACAAUUUAUAAUUUGCAUUUCACAACUUUAAAGAAGGAAACAAUCUAUCUAUCUAUCUAUCUAUCUAUCUAUCUAUCUAUCUAUCUAUCUAUCUUUGGUUCUAUCUAUCUAAUCUAUCUAUCUAUCUAUCUAUCUAUCUAUCUAUCUAUCUAUCUAAUCAUAUCUGCAGUUAAGAAAAGAAAGGGCCAGAGAAGCCUAAGCAUUUCUUGCAUUUUAUUUUUUUCAGCAUUUCUUGCAUUUUAUUUUAUUUUUUUUCUAUUUUCAAUUAUUUUCUUUUUUUUUUUGGCCUCCAAUUCAUUUUUUUUCUUUUUUUAUUCAUUUAUAUUUUUGAUUUUAUUUCCUUUUUAUCUAUCCUUUCCCUUCUUACUUUCGCUUUCUCAUCCUAUCUUUAUCUCUCUUACUUUUCUCUCUCUCUCUCUCUAUCUCUCUCUCUCUCUCUCUCUCGGACUUUCAGUUUUCUUGUUGAUUUCCUCUUUCUUUCUUUUUAUUCAGGUACAGAAAAUGCGUUAUUUUUCUUUUUGUCUUUCUUUUUUUUUCUCUCUCUAUUUGUUUGACUUUCUUUCUUUUCAUGAAUCCACUCACUGUUCUUGUGGGACAUUUUUCUUUCUUUUCGUGAUCCUGAUCACUGUUCAUGUUGGUUUUCUUUCUCUCUUUCUUUCAUUCUUUCUCUUCAUGAAAAUACUCACUGUUCUUGUAAGUUUUUUCUUUCUUUUUUUUCAUGUACUCUCUCAGUGUUCUUGUGUGUUUUCAUUCUUUCUUUCUUUCUUUCUUUCUUUCUUUCUUUCUUUCUUUCUUUUCCUGAACCCACUCAGUAUUCUUGUAGGAUUUCUUUUUUCCUCUCAUUCUUUCUUUUCAUUGGCUCUCUCACUUUUCUUGUACGCAUUCCAUUUCGUUUCCCUCUGGCCUUUUUUUUAUCAUUUAAAAACUGUAAACCAAAUGACCACGAUCGGCCAUAACCCGAUUGCCUUAUAA